UAAUUAACAUCAAGGAAAUCCAACACAGAUAAGACUUUUAGGUGUACUUAAUAUCAGAAAGCCAUGGCAUUGACAAGUCAAUUGAGAAACCUCCUUGCAGCCCUUGAAGCCGAGGAAGCUGCCCAAAAGUCCAAAAGUAACGUGCACACAUACACCAACUCUGGCCAAGGGUCUCAGAACAUCACUGGCACAAAGAACAACAGUGGUGCAUAUGCUGGCGAUGGCAACUCUCAUCACAUCUCCAACCACCAUGGUUAUUCCCCAGCUAUAAAUAACCAUGGUAAUUUCCAUGGAAAUGGCAACGGGGGCUUUAUCGGUGGUAAUUUUGAUUCAUCGACGUGGAACUACCGCAUAUGAUUUACUAAUUAUGUGCUAUGCAGUAUGAUCAACUGCAUGCAUGUAUUAAUUUAUGUGCUGCUGUAUAAGUACUAAUAAUAAAACUAGAGCUGCAGCUCUAAUAGUGUGUUAUGAAUAAUUCCUUGAGGGGGGGUGGUACGAUACGAGAUACCCUCUUGAGUUAAUUAUAAAUAUUCCUUUGAUUGUAUUGUUGUUGUUAUUAAGAUUUUCUACUUCAAUGUGUUAUAAAUGUAUUCUUCUGCGUCAGGUUCA